CGUAUUGACGCCCAUAGACAAGGCUUAUCGCGCUGGGAAGAAACGACAAUAUCAUGACAACAACAUCAUAAAUCGAUCAAGUGAAAGUAAAACGCUGUCACUUCGAGUACAAGGGAAAACAAACGGGACACUUUGCGUGAAAGCAGAAGAAAGCGGAUGCGUUAUUCGGACACUAAACCCUGCUCACCCCUCCACAGGGUGUAGGAUGGGAACGAGCUUCUAUCCACAAGAGUAAAUCUAAAGAAUAUCAAGCACAAUGAUGAAGAAAGACAUGAGAUUGAACCUGGACGACCAGAACAGCUCCAGUUUAAAGCCGGAUUUGAGGGAUGCCGAGGGAAUCCUCAACUCGCCGGACCUGGGUCUCCUAAAGCUGGCGUCUCCCGAGCUGGAGAGGCUCAUCAUCCAGUCCAACGGCAUGGUGACGACCACCCCGACGUCCCAGUUCGUCUACCCUAAGUCGGUAAGCGACGAGCAGGAGUUCGCGGAGGGUUUCGUCAAAGCCCUGGAGGAUCUCCACAAGCAGAACCAGCUGAACGGAGGACCGUGCGUUCCGCUCAACAGACUCACCAGCAGCACCCUCACCAUGCCCACGGACCUACCCGUGUACACGAACCUGAGCGCGUACGGCACCACGGUGAACUACUCCACGGACACUAUUCCCUUCCCACCGCCGCCGCAACCACCCGCGCACCCCGCGAGCGCGCAACAGGCCCUGAAGGACGAGCCGCAGACUGUACCGGACAUGCAGAGCUUCGGCGACAGUCCGCCGCUCUCCCCCAUUGACAUGGACACGCAGGAGCGCAUCAAGGCCGAGAGGAAGAAGCUGCGCAACCGGAUCGCCGCGUCCAAGUGCCGCAAGAGGAAACUGGAGCGGAUAUCCCGACUGGAGGACAAAGUGAAAAGCCUAAAAAACCAGAACACGGAGUUGGCGUCCACGGCGAGCGUGUUGAGAGAACAAGUGGCGCAGUUGAAACAGAGGGUCAUGAAUCACGUUAAUAACGGGUGCCAGUUGCUGCCCAACCAAGUUCAAGCUUAUUAGAGGACAUUCAUCUCCACACAUCAGUAUUUCAGUAGUUGACAAAUAAAACAGAAUGCUUUUCGGUUUAUUGUGUAUUUAAGCAAUGCACGACAAGCUGGGCUGUAUUGUGAAUAGUCACGACUAAAGGGCGUUGUUGGGCACGUUGUUGAAUUAUUUCCAUAACGCGCUUUUGUGAUCAUUGCGUGGAGACAGAACGAAGAGGAACUAAAACAGAAACCUUUAUAAAUAUUUCCAUGACUUUCCCAGGUCUGGAAACCACAAUAUCUCCUAUUUCCAGGUGGGAAACAAUACAGCACAGCCUCAAGUGCCCUGUCGCUUUCAUAAUACAUAUAAUAAGGACACAAGUUUUAAGCUUAUUUUAAAACACUGACAGUCUCCUUCGCUGAUGCGUAAAGAGCAUACUGACCCUUCCAAUGAUGUCUCUGUUCUCUUUGGACUGUUGAAGUGGACACUACAGGUGCUGAUGUAAAUAAAAGUUAUGUUUACAACCUUUUGUAGCAAAUGGACUCGUGCUCCCGGUUGCAUUGAGAGACGAUCGUGCAACAUUAUUCGAUCUCAUCACUGAAGAUCUAAGCAGCUGUAUUUUUGCAUGCUUGAGACAAACUCAAAAUGAGUGCACCCAAACCCAACAAAGAUGUCAUGCAUGUACGCUUCAUGUUAAAGGCCUUUUCUCAUGACAAGUUCUUAUUAAUCAACAACUGUAUCUAUUUUAUACUAUAUGAUGUCUUAUUUUAUGCUGUUUUGGAUUAUGUGUGUCGUGAUGUAAAUGUAAACGUUUCACCUGUCACAUGUCCUGUAUUGAUCUUUAUAUGUUUCCAGUGUGAUUUGUACAUUAAGUGUCAUUAAAAUAUGUUCAGUUCACCAUG